AUGGAUGAAGUCUCUCAGAUUGAGGCUUUGAUGGAAGGUAUUAAUGCGGAACUCGAUGAAUCAAUGAUACACCAUGAAACUCCCACAACAGUAAAUGCCUGUGCGACACUUCUGCAACGGUUGGAUAAUCGUCGCCGAGCGGCAGAAACUAAGCGAGGAAGUAAAAAACCUUGGACUACUACUACUCCGGCCCCUCGUCCUCCACCAUAUCCUGUUUCUGCUCCUCGUGCUGCCGCCCCAGUCGCCAAUUCACCUGUUACUGAAAGUCAUCCCUCAUCCCGCCCGGGAGGUGAUGUACCAAUGGAUCUAUCUGGAGGACAUCGUCGCCCCUCCCCUACCGAAAGAAAUGCCCGCUUAGUUGAGGGCCGAUGUUUCUAUUGCGGAGGUGUUGGACAUAUGGUUAGGGAUUGCCCUCAAGCGAAGGCAACUGGAAAUCAACCAAGGAGGCCUGUGAUGAGAGGAGCGGCGUUGACAGUGGAAGAAAAUGACGAAAGCGAUAACGAGUCGGCAAAAGAUUUGUCCCUGCACUAA